ACCUCAUUCUCCCUCUCCUUCCAACCAAACCCUAGAAAAAGAGACACUGAUCCUCUCGCGCUAUCGAUUCCCAUGCAAAUUCUCUCAAAUUAGGCUUUCUGCUGCUUCUCUCUGCAACCAUGGUCGGAAAAACCAUGUCCAUGGCGGCGACUUCGCGUGAAAAGUUAGCGAGUCUUGUGAACUCUGCCAAGUUGGCCAUCGACAUCCCCUCCAAACUCGAGUCGUUGCGCCAACUGAGGCACGAACUUCCCCAAGAAGACCCCGUUCUUCUCACCGAGUUCCUCCCUUCACUGUUUGACUUCCACUCCGAUCGCUUCGGUCCCGUUCGCAAAUUCAUCACCGAGAUGCUUGGUGAGAUUGGAUUGAAGAACACGGAGUUUUUGCCUGACAUUGUGCCUGUGCUUAUCAAUAUCUUGGAUGAUGACACGCCGGCGGUUGUUCGACAAGCUAUACUGUGUGGAACCGAUUUGUUUCGCUCCACGCUUGAGAAAAUUGCGAUUCAGGGUCUAUAUUCUAGUGAUUUAGACAGUGCACUUGAAUCUGCAUGGGCAUGGAUGAUUAAAUUCAAAGACAAAGUAUACUCAAUAGCUUUUCAACAUGGAGGUGGUGGAGCAAAGCUGCUGGCAUUGAAGUUUGUUGAAGCAGUUAUUCAUCUUUACACACCUGAUCCCAAUGGUUCCUCAGAGCCCACUUCUCAUCAAGGAAGGCCUGCUGAAUUUAAUAUAUCAUGGCUGAGGCGGGGUCAUCCAGUACUUAAUGUUGGAGAUUUGUCAAUUGAAGCCAGCCAUAGUUUGGGUCUCUUGCUUGAUCAACUCAGGUUUCCAAGUGUGAAGUCUCUUAGUCACUCAGUGAUCAUUGUGCUAAUUAAAAGCCUUUCAGCCAUUGCAACAGACAGGCCUGCAUUCUAUGGCCGCAUCUUGCCAGUUUUGCUCAGCUUGGAACCCUCGAGCUCUGUUGUGAGUGGGAUCUGUGUAACUGCUGCACAUCUUGCUUUGAAGAAUGCCUUUCUUACUUGCUCAAAAUGUACACAUCCAAGUGCUGCUCCGUGGAGAGAUCGUUUGGCAGGUGCCUUGAAGGAAAUGCAGUCUGAAGGAAAGGCAGAUCAGGUGUUCCACUUAAUCCCUGCAAGUAAUGGAAGUAUAAAGAGAGAGAAGGAUGAUCAAUCUGUUAUCAAGGAAGAGGAACGUGCAGUAAAUUCUUGUGAUUCAAUGCCCAGUAAUUUGGGAAGAAAGCGAUCUGGAUCACAAAAUGGAGGUGAUUUAGCUGAAGAUGAUGUGCCUGGAAAACGUGUAAAGACAUCAUUCAUUGUGAAAGAACCUAAGAAAGAGUUAGAUGAAGGUACCAGUGCGGACUCUCAGGAUGACACACAGUCAACUGUACCAAUACAAUCAAAAGGAGAUGUGGAGAAUGGGCCUGUACAGCAACUUGUUGCCAUGUUUGGUGCUUUGGUUGCUCAAGGUGAAAAAGCUGUUGCAUCUUUGGAAAUUCUUAUCUCAAGUAUUUCUGCUGACUUGCUAGCUGAGGUGGUGAUGGCAAAUAUGCGAAACCUACCUCCAAAUUACCCUAAUGCUGAAGGAAAUGAUGAACAGCUGCAUGACAUUAGUAUGAUUGGUUCUGAUGACAAGGCUAAAUAUCCACCAUCAUUUGUAGCUGGUGUUAUGUCGCUUUGUAGUACUUUUCCGCCAAUAGCGUCCCUUCUUGACGCCCAUCAACCAGUGUCCAACGAGGUAAAGCCUCAAGGGGAGGAAGAAAUUUCUGCAAUUGCUGAAGAUAGUGCUGUUGAGCAUUCUGGCAUGAAUCUUUCAUCUGAAAAUGUACCAUCGCCUACUGAUUUUCCAUCUUCUGAUGCCAGUAUACCUGGAGUGGAGAAUGGCUGCACAACUAUACCUUCUGACAUCCAUGAUGUUGGAAACUUAGAGAGCGGCAUCCCUGGCCUGGAUUCCUUUGGUCGUAGUGAUGCCUUGUCAGAAACUUUGGCUCCCUCCUCAUUGGCUUCCACUGAUAUACAUCUAGAAGAUGGCAGUCAAGAGCAAGUUAUGAGUUUGGAUCAGAGGUCACCUCUGAACUUAGUUCCGUCAAUAUCAACAGAUAGAUCUGAGGAGCUGAGCCCAAAAGCGGGUGUUACAGAUGUCAAUAGCCUGGUGUCCUCAACAGCUACUUCUGUUGUGUUGCCUCCCCGUUUAAUCUUGCCAAAGAUGAUUGCUCCUGUUGUUGACCUUGCAGAUGAACAAAAAGAUCAUUUGCAAAAGUCAUGUUUUAUGCAUAUAAUUGAUGCAUAUAAGCAAAUAGCUGUAGCUGGUGGUUCCAAAGUCCGAUUUUCAAUACUUGCUUAUUUAGGAGUUGAGUUUCCCUUGGAAUUAGACCCAUGGAAACUAUUACAGAAGCAUAUUUUGAUUGAUUAUACAAGUCAUGAGGGACAUGAGUUGACAUUGCGUGUCCUUUACAGAUUAUUUGGUGAGGCUGAAGAGGAGCCUGACUUCUUUUCUUCAACAACUGCAGCUUCUGUAUAUGAAAAAUUUCUCCUUACAGUGGCAGAAGCACUUAGAGAUUCCUUUCCACCUUCAGAUAAAUCAUUAAGUAAAUUGCUUGGUGAAUCUCCUUAUUUACCAAAACCCGUUUUAAAAAUUUUAGAAAACAUGUGUUCUCCUGGAAAUGAGGAUAAAGUUGAAAAGGAGUCACACUCCCCGAAUGCGGAUAGAGUUACUCAAGGUCUAAGUGCUGUAUGGAGUUUGAUUCUUCUUAGGCCACCCAUUCGAGAUACUUGCUUACAAAUUGCUUUACAGAGUGCAGUGCAUCACAUGGAAGAAGUACGAAUGAAGGCAAUACGUCUGGUGGCAAAUAAGCUUUAUCCUUUGCCAUCCAUUUCUCUGAAAAUAGAAGAUUUUGCCAAAGAAAUGCUUUUCUCAGUGAUGAGUGCUGAUGCAUCUGAGGCAACUGAUGCUGAAGGGUCCAUUGUUGAUUCACAGAAGGGUCCUGAUAUUGAAAAGGUUUCAAAUGAACAAUCAUCAUUAAGUGGCAACACUAAAGAUGUCUCAGAUAAUCAUCAACCAUGCUCAUCUGAGAGUGUCUCGCCAGUUUCAGUUUCUGAGGCUCAGAGGUGCAUGUCAUUGUACUUUGCUUUGUGUACGAAGAAACAUUCUCUUUUUCGCCAAAUAUUUGUCAUCUAUAGAAGCACAUCAAAGGCAGUGAAACAGGCAGUACAUCGUCAAAUUCCAAUACUAGUGCGGACAAUGGGCUCAUCUUCAGAUCUCCUUGAAAUUAUUUCUGAUCCCCCAAAUGGAAGCGAGAAUCUUUUAAUGCAGGUGUUGCAUACACUUACAGAUGGUACGACCCCUUCUAAGGAUUUAGUAUUUACUGUGAAAAGGUUGCAUGAUUCAAAACUUAAGGAUGCAGAGGUUCUUAUUCCGAUAUUACCAUUCCUAUCAAAUGACGAGGUAAUGCCGAUUUUUCCUCACAUUGUGAAUCUUCCUUUGGAGAAGUUCCAAGCAGCACUUGGUCGCAUAUUGCAGGGAUCAUCACAAUCUGGUCCAGUGCUCACUCCGGCUGAAGUUUUAAUUGCUAUUCAUGGAAUUGAUCCUGAAAGAGACGGAAUUCCCUUAAAAAAGGUCACAGAUGCAUGCAAUGCUUGCUUUGAGCAGCGGCAAGUUUUUACUCAAGAAGUUCUUGCCAGAGUUUUGAAUCAAUUGGUUGAGCAGAUUCCUCCUCCUUUACUGUUCAUGCGUACAGUAUUACAAGCAAUUGGUGCUUUUCCAACUCUGGUGGACUUUAUCAUGGGAAUUCUUUCUCGCCUUGUGACCAAGCAGAUAUGGAAAUACCCAAAGUUGUGGGUGGGAUUCUUGAAGUGUGUGCAGUUGACAAAACCACAAUCAUUUGACAUUUUGCUUCAGCUGCCUCCAGCACAAUUGGAAAGUGCAUUAAAUAAAAUUGCAGCCCUAAAGGCACCAUUGAUUGCUCAUGCUAGCCAGCCGGAUAUACAAUCUAAACUUCCCAGGGCUAUACUGGUUGUUCUGGGAAUUGCUUCAGAUACUCAGGUUUCAACUCAGCCACAAACUAGUCAAACACAAACUGGCGAGACAAGCAACUCAGACAAAAAGGACACGGUGAUAGAAAAAUCUAAAGAAUCAUCUACAGCGAGCUAAACUGUCAGCAGGCAUGGUUGAGUGGUGGAAUUUACUAAUCAACUGAGUCAAGUUGAAUUAGCCUGAGACCUAACCAAGACUAACAACUGUAAUGACCUCUGAAGAUGAAGGAAUGAAGAGCAGAAUUGACGAAUUUGACACAUUCAGAUCUAGGUAGAUAGUAAAUAAGAUUAUUAUGAUUUUGUAUUUGAUUAAAGGAAGUGAUUACCAUUUGCUUGUAAAUAUAUUAUUUAAGUGUAUUAUGAUAAUGGAAGUUUUUUACAUUUGAUAGAAUUAGUUAACAAACUUGAG